CUGUCGCAUUGAGGCAGCAUCGCCGUUGUCCACCCACACAACCCGUCUCUGUUCAGAGUCCAAAAAGUCUGCACUACGUCUGAGUGCGUCUGCAAUUGAAUUGCAUUCCUGUCGGCUGAAAUCAGACCGCUAUUCCCCCGGAUUCGAUCCACCGCAAAACUUUUGAGCUCUCCGCAUCUUCGAUUCCAAUCUCACCGACCACCAUGUCGAACCCUCAAUUCUGGUCGACUCCUCUCCGCUACCUCCGCUGGGCCUCCCACGAGAAGCCGGCUAUCUUCUAUUCUCUCUGUGUCGGCUCCAUGGGCCCUGUUCUUCUAGUCGCCCUGCCUCCCAUCCGCCGGUAUUUCGGCGACAUUGACCCGGCUCCGGUUCCCAUGUCAUACCCGGUUCCCACGGGACCCCGGGUGAUCCCCCAAGGCUACGACGACGAGUAGACUCGAAAAAGGAAAAAGAAAGAAAAAGAAAGAAUAUUCAACCCUCCGAGGUUGACAUGUGCAAUUACAUCGUUCUAUCGAAUUAGUUUCGUGGGUGUUCCGGUGCAGCAGAGUGGGAAAUUUACACAGCACACACAGCUCUUGAAUCCGAUCGGAUCCGUCUCCGUGUUCUUAUAGCACCAAAUCAACUGCGCAACCAACGCCAUUGUCUCCGUGCAGCUUGUUUGUUGA